GCGACGUUUUGCAUUUCAGGCUGCCGGGCAGCCGGACUCGCCGUCGCUGCAUUUUUUUUCGGUGGGCGGAGGAGUCCGAUCGGUGUUUUCAUUAGCGUUGGCUUCUGCGGCGUUCGGGAGUUUUUCGAAUUUUGUAGUUCCAAAUAGCGGCUAGGGAAGUAACCACCAUGGCUUUAUCCCACUUCACGGCCGCCAUGGCCGCCGCCAAGCCCUUCCCCGGCGCUCGCACCUUCUUGAACGCCAGGGUAAAGUGGGUCCGGGACCCGUACCUCGACAAGGCAGUCGAGAACGAGAAGAAUCUCAAACCCUUACUCAGUCUCAAGGCAUUAAUCGUCUCCCAACCCUCCAAAACCCUACCGCUCCGAAUCAUUUCUCCUCUGCGGCCCCAGCUCAGGCUCCCAACCACCGCCCUGGAUUUCGUCCGGAAGUAUCAUUACCUUUUCAAGCUUUUCCGGCCUCCGAAUAUGCGGCUAUCCACUCCUCACGUGAAGCUCACCCCGAAGGCUCUGUCUCUGCACAACGAUGAAAUGCUAAUCACAGGCCUUUCGCAUUACCGGAAAGACUUGGCUGAAAGGCUGGCGAAGCUCCUGAUGAUCGCCAGAGCUAGAAGACUCCCUCUGGGUGUGAUUGACAAGUUCAGGUUCGAUUUGGGCUUGCCCCAUGAUUAUUUACUCAGUUUUCUACCUGAAUUUCCAGAUUAUUUUCAGAUUUGUGACAUGGUGGCUGAUAAUCCUUCACCAUUGGGUCCCCAAGAAUUUGGAUUAGAAUUGGUUAGAUGGAGGGAUGAUUUAUCUGUAUCUGUUAUGGAAAAACAGUGGAGAGGUGAGGAUUCUGAGACUAGACGGAGAGGACCCAUUAGGUUUCCGAUGAAUUUACCCAGGGGGUUUGAUUUGGAGAAGAGGGUGAAGAAUUGGGUUGAUGAAUGGCAAAACUUGCCUUACAUUUCUCCAUAUGAGGAUGCUUUCCAUUUGAAUCCCAGUAGCGACCAGGCAGAGAAGUGGGCAGUGGCUGUGAUUCAUGAAGUACUCAACUUGCUAGUGUCGAAGAAGACAGAGAAGGAGAAUCUUUACUAUUUGGGGGACUAUUUGGGAUUUGGAAUGAGAUUCAAAAAGGCUUUGGCUCAUCACCCAGGGAUAUUUUACGUGUCUAAUAAAAUUAGCACACAAACGGUAGUUCUGAGGGAAGCUUUUAAUAAGAAUUUAUUGAUUGAGAAGCAUCCAUUGAUAGGUUUGAGAUACAAAUACAUUUAUCUCAUGAACUUAGUGUUAAGAAGGGGCAUUCCCAUACAUGCCGCAGCCAUUCGAAAUAGAGAACGCUUGGCUUCUAUUAAAGGACGAAACAUUGGGAAAGAGGGAAGGGGCCAAAGAUUAGCAAGAAUUGGUGAUCGCUAUCAUGGAAAUCAGAAUUAAAACACAUACUGUGAUUUCCAACUCCUGUUUUCACGCUAAGGCUUCUCCAGUUAAAGGUGCCUUAUUCCAAUGGCAUGAGAAAUUUGCUUUGUCCAUGGAUCCCUAGGACGUCCGGGUUCACUGGCUCGAGAAGAUUGUGUGAUGAUGUAACACCCUUAACUUCUCUAUUAACACCAAUCAUAACAUCAGGUGAUGGUAAAACUGAAGCAGGGAAAGCAAUUUUGAAGCCCUCAACAGUUCAGAAGAAAUAAAACAGGUGUGUGAUA